UGGGAAUAAAUCUGACAUGGUGAAGUUGGGUUGCCUUUUUUGGCACUCAGAUGGUCUUUUUCGUUCGCCUUGACGUGUGUGGCUCCAAGCGCAAAUGACGUUUGCAGGUAACCCCCCAGAUUAGGGAAAAUUGAGAGAAUCCAUUAAUAAUCUCUACCUCUUCGAAUCAUUUCUCGAUCUGUCAGAACCACUUUCGUACAUACGUACAUACGUAUGUACAUCACAAAUUCCGUCCACAUACGUGCAGCCACUGAUCUCUGUCUGAAUUCAUUGUCUCUAUUCAUAACCAUUCGCAGCUGUCAAACAGCAGAAGACUUUUGAAUAUUGUUUGGGGACAUUCAUACUGUUACUGCUCAUCAAAGGUAUUUCUACAAAAUAUUAAACCAAGGUUUCGAAAGUUGGCGUGAUGUGAAUUAGCAAAAAAACAAGAUGUACGAAAACUUGUUCAAGAGUCCUUUGAAUCGAAUUUUCGUGUAUGGUACUUUGAAAAGAGGAGAACCAAAUCACAAGUUCAUUGAGAACAAUAAUAAGGGUUAUGCCAAGUUUGUCGGGAUUGGGCAAACAGUCACAAAAUACCCCUUGGUUAUUGCUACCAAAUACAACAUUCCUUUUUUACUGAAACAGCCAAACGUUGGCCAUCACAUCACAGGAGAAGUUUACGACGUGGAUUCAAAGACGAUGAAGUAUUUGGACGAGCUUGAAGAACAUCCAGAUUUUUAUGUUCGUACCGAAGAUGAAGUUCGUCUGAUUACAGAUUCAGAGUAUAAGAACGAAGCAAAGUUUGAUGAGGUUGGUGAGCUGAUCAAAGCUUGGAUAUAUUUUCUUCCCAAGUUCAAACAUUCGUUACUGAGCGGGCCUCUGUACUCCUCGUACAGCAGUGACGGACAACAUGGUUUGAAAUAUAUGGAAAGGUAUUUACGAGACUUAUCUUAUGACCAUCGUACAGAAGUUCAAUAGGUGCCUGAUAUUAAUUAUUUGCAAAGUGAGAAUAACACCGCUCGGUUAGAGGACGUGCUUUGAAAUAUCUACAAUGAGAAUAUUAUUAACGACUGUUGUAUUUUAGGGAAGAAAUAAAUUCUCUCAAAAAACGCUGAUGAAU